CGCGCUCGGGCUCCGGAGCCGUCAUGGGCGCCGCCGCGUGGGCAUCGUCCCCCUUGCCGCUGCGUGUGUCUCUCUUGCUGCGGAUUCUGCCGCUCCUGGGGCUGCCCGCGGGCUCCUGGGACCCGGCGGGUUACCUGCUCUACUGCCCAUGCAUGGGGCGCUUCGGGAACCAGGCUGAUCACUUCUUGGGCUCCCUGGCUUUUGCAAAGCUGUUGAACCGCACCUUGGCUGUACCCCCUUGGAUUGAGUACCAGCAUCACAGGCCUCCCUUCACCAAUCUCCAUGUGUCCUACCAGAAGUACUUCAAGCUGGAGCCCCUCCAGGCCUACCAUCGAGUUAUCAGCCUGGAGAACUUCAUGGAAAAGCUGGCACCCACUCACUGGCCCCCCGAGAGGCGGGUGGCAUACUGCUUUGAGGUGGCAGCCCAGCGAAGCCCUGAUAAGAAGACGUGCCCCAUGAAGGAAGGAAAUCCCUUUGGCCCAUUUUGGGAUCAGUUUCAUGUGAGUUUCAACAAGUCUGAACUUUUUUCAGGCAUUUCCUUCAGCGCCUCCUACAAAGACCAGUGGAUCCAGAGAUUUUCUCCAAAGGAACAUCCAGUGCUUGCCCUGCCAGGGGCUCCGGCCCAGUUCCCCGUCCUGGAGGAACACAGGCCACUCCAGAAGUACGUGGUAUGGUCAGACGAGAUGGUGAGGACGGGAGAGGCCCACAUCCGCACCCACCUCAUCCGGCCCUACGUGGGCAUUCACCUGCGCAUUGGCUCUGACUGGAAGAAUGCCUGUGCCAUGCUGAAGGACGGGACUGCAGGCUCCCACUUCAUGGCCUCCCCGCAGUGUGUGGGCUACAGCCGCAGCACGGCCACCCCUCUUACCCUGACUAUGUGCCUCCCUGACCUGAAGGAAAUCAGACGGGCUGUGAAGCUCUGGGUGGACGCGCUGAAUGCCCAGUCAGUCUACAUCGCCACGGAUUCCGAGAGUUACAUGCCCGAGAUCCAAGAGCUCUUCAAAGGGAAGGUGAAGGUGGUGAGCCUGAAGCCUGAAGUGGCCCAGAUCGACCUGUACAUCCUUGGCCAAGCUGACCACUUCAUUGGCAACUGUGUCUCCUCCUUCACUGCCUUCGUGAAGCGGGAACGGGACCUCCAGGGGAGGCUGUCCUCUUUCUUCGGCAUGGACAAGCCCCCUCAGCUGCGGGAUGAGUUCUGAUCCUGGCUGGAGCACAUCACCAGUCUGAGCUGGUCCCACUUGCCAGGCCUGGCAGCCAGCAGUGCUCCCAGCAUGGAUUCCCAAGAGUACAAGCUCCUCUGCUCCCCCGCUAGAGACAGAAAAGCACCAGGGACUUCUGGAGGAGAAGGACUCCAUCUCCCAGGGCACAGGGCUUUCAGGCUCCUGGAGCCGGAGCAUCUCUGCUCCCUGUGUGCCUCCUGCUGUUUCUCCUGGGAAUUUCGCACACUGGCAAAGCAGUCCAACCUCUGUCUUUUGGUCUGCCCUGCUCUGAGCAGCCUGGGGGGCUAAUCUCUUCAGCGAUUUUUUUAUAGAGAGAGAAACAGAGAUUCUUA